CCCGCCGCCUCGAGGAGAAAGUCUCAUGGACGAAUGGGUGGGUGGACAGCGAGCACCUUUUAGCCUGACGAACUGCUGUAUUCUUCUGCUUGGCUUCUGCUUGGAUACGAACUGUCAUCUACUGUCAUUUGAACAACAUGUCCGUUCCUGUUCUUCCUGCUCAUCUCAAGACCAUCCUCAUCACUGGGGCGGGCGGAUUCCUCGGAGACCGCAUCGUCACCUACCUCCUCACCCAUUACCCCGACAUCAAGCUCGUCAUCUGCGAUAUCAAGGCACCCGCAGAGCGUCCCGGAGGACGGGUAACCAGUGUCGGUGCCGACCUCACUGAUCCUAAGGAGGCAGAGAAACUGUUCAGCUAUGGAAAGAUCGACGGCGUGUUUGCGAUGCAUGGGAUUAUGAGCGGAGGGAGCGAGGCCAACUUCGACUUCGGGUACAAAGUCAACGUCGACUCGCACCGUUACCUGCUCGAGGCGACGCGCCAGCACGGUGCCAAGUACCCGAACGACCCGAAGAUCCUCUAUGUCCUUACCUCCAGCUUGGCAGUGUACGGUGGUCCCCUCGCGCUCCCGGAGAGCCAUGUUAACCCCGACGCCACCCCCAUCACCCCCGAGUCCUCGUACGGUACCGCCAAGGCAAUCAUGGAGAUGUUCGUGUUUGACUACACGCGCAAGGGGUUCAUCGAUGGCCGGAGCGUGCGCCUUCCCACAGUCUCGGUCCGCGCUGGCGCGCCGAGCAGCGCAGCGAGCUCGUUCAUCUCGGGCUUGAUUAGGGAGCCGCUCCAGGGCUUGGAGAGCGUUUGCCCCAUUACGAACGACCCGAAGGAUCCGAUCAUCGAUAAUAUGCGUAUCUGGAUCGGCAGCCCUAAGGCUGUUGUGCGAAAUCUCGUAUACACUAUCACUGUUCCUGCGGGGAAGUACCCCAAGCACCACCGCUCGAUCAACAUCCCCGGUAUCACCAUCACCACACGUGAUAUCCUCAACGCGCUCGAGAAGUACGGCGGGCCCGAAGCGCUCAAGCACGUCAAGUACAACCUCGAGCCCCAGACGUACGCGAUCUGCAGGACUUGGGCAGGGUCGUACGAUAACACGCUUGCGUUCUCCCUGGGGUAUGAGAACCCGGAUGAGAAGACUGGGUUUGAUGGCGCUGUUGCUGACUUUAAGGAGGAGUUGUUUGCGGCUAAGAAGGCGUGA